CUUUCCAUCACCCCACCCCAUUCUCCCGCUUUCCAUCAUCCCGCCCCACUCUCCCACUUUCCAUCACCCCGCCACAUUCUCCCGCUUUCCAUCACCCUGCCCCAUUCUCCCGCUUUCCAUCACCCCGCCCAAUUCUCCCGCUUUCCAUCACCCCGCCCCAUUCUCCCGCUUUCCAUCACCCCGCCCCAUCCUCCCGCUUUCCAUCACCCCACCCCAUUCUCCCUCUUUCCAUCACCCCGCCCCAUUCUCCCUCCUUCCAUCAACCCCCCCCAUUCUCCUUCCUUCCAUCACCCCGCCCCAUUCUCCCACUUUCCAUCACCCCGCCCCAUUUUCCCGUUUUCCAUCACCCCGCCCCAUUCUCCCGCUUUCCAUCACCCCUCCCCAUUCUCGUUGCUUCCAUCACCCCGCCCCAAUCUCCCUUCUUCCAUCACCCACGCCCCAUUCUCCCGCUUUCUAUGACCCCGCCCCAUUGUAACGCUUUCCAUCACCCCGCCCCGUUCUCCCGCUUCCUAUCACCCAGCCCCAUUCUCCCGCUUUCCAUCACCCCGUCCCAUUCUCCCUCCUUCCAUCACCCCGCCCCAUUUUCCCUCCUACCAUCACCCCGCCCGAUUCUCUUGCCUUCCAUCACCCCGCCCCAUUCGCCCGCUUUCCAUCACCCCUCCCCAUUCUCCCGCUUUCCAUCAUCCUGCCCCAUUCUCCCGCUUUCCAUCAUCCUGCCCCAUUCUCCCGCUUUCCAUCACCCCGCCCCAUUCUCCCGCUUUCCAUCACCCCGCCCCAUUCUCCCGCUUUCCAUCACCCCGCCCCAUUCUCUCGCUUUCCAAUCACCCCGCCCCAUUCUCUCGCUUCCUAUCACCCCGCCCCAUUCUCCUGCUUUCUAUCAGCCCGCCCCAUUCUCCCUCCUUCCAUCACCCCGCCCCAUUCUCCCUCCUUCCAUCACCCCGCCCCAUUCUCCCUCCUUACAUCACCCCGCCCCAUUCUCCUGCUUUCCAUCAACCCGCCCCAUUCUCCCGCUUUCCACCACCUUGCCCCAUUCUCCUGCUUUCCAUCACCCCGCCCCAUUCUCCCGCUUUCCAUCACUCCGCCCCAUUCUCCCGCUUUCCAUCACCCCACCCCAUUCUCCCGCUUUCCAUGACCCCGCCCCAUUCUCCCGCUUUCCAUCACCCCGCCCCAUUCUCCCGCUUAUCAUCGCCCCGCCCCAUUCUCCUGCUUUCCAUCACCCCGCCCCAAUCACCCUCUUUCCAUCAACCCACCCCAUUCUUCCUCCUUCCAUCACCCCGCCCCAUUCUCCUGCCUUCCAUCACCCCGCCCCAUUCUCCCGCUUUCCGUCACCCUGCCCCAUUUUCCCGUUUUCCAUCACCCCGCCCCAUUCUCCUGGUUUCCAUCACCCCGCCCCAUUCUCCCGCUUUCCACCACCCCGCCCCAUUCUCCCGCUUUCCAUCACCCCGCCCCAUUCUCCCGCUUUCCAUCACCCCACCCCAUCCUCCCACCUUCCAUCACCCCGCCCCAUUCUCCCUCCUUUCCAUCACCCCAAACCAUUCUCCCGCUUUCCAUCACCCCACCCCAUUUUCCCGCUUUCCAUCACCCCGCCCCAUUCUCUCGCUUUCCAUCACCCUUCCCCAUUCUCCCGCUUUCCAUCACCCCGCCCCGUUCUCCCGCUUUCCAUCACCCCUCCCCAUUCUCCCUCCUUCCAUCACCCCGCCCCAUUCUCCUGCCUUCCAUCAACCCGCCCCAUUCUCCCACUUUCCAUCACCCCGCCCCAUUUUCACGUUUUCCAUCACCCCGCCCCAUUCUCCCGCUUUCCAUCACCCCUCCCCAUUCUCUUCUCCCACUUUCCAUCACCCCGCCCCCUUCUCUCUCCUUCCAUCACCCCGCCCCAUUCUCCCUCUUUCCAUCACCACGCCCCAUUCUCCCACUUUCCAUCACCCCGCCCCAUUUUGCUGCUCUCCAUCACCCCGCCCCAUUCUCCCGCUUUCCAUCUCCCCGCCCCAUUCUCCCGCUUUCCAUCACCCCUUCCCAUUCUCCCGCUUCCCAUCACCCCGCCCCAUUCUUCCGCUUCCCAUCAUCCCGCCCCAUUCCCCCGCUUUCCAUCACCCCUCCCCGUUCUCCCUCCAUCCAUCACCCCGCCCCAUUCGCUCUCUUUCCAUCACCCCGCCCCAUUCUCCCGCUUUCCAUCACCCCGCCCCAUUCUCCCGCUUUCCAUCACCCCGCCCCAUUCUCCUUCCUUCCAUCACCCCGCCCCAUUCUCCCGCUUUCUAUCACCCCGCCCCAUUCUCCCUCCUUCCAUCACCCCGCCCCAUUCUCCCUCAUUCCAUCACCCCGCUCCAUUCUCCCGCUUUCCAUCACCCCGCCCCAUUCUCCCGCUUCCCAUAACCCCACCCCAUUCUCCCGCCUGCCCCUUUCUCCCGCUUUCCAUCUCCCCACCCCAUUCUCCCGCUUUCCAUCACCCCGCCCCCUUCUCCCGCUUGCCAUCACCCUGCCCCAUUCUCCCACUUUCCAUCACCCCGCCCCAUUCUCCCUCCUUCCAUCACCCCGCCUUAUUCUACCUCCUUCCAUCACCCCGCCCCAUGCUCCCGCUUUCCAUCACCCCGCCCCAUUCUCCCGCUUUUCAUCACCCCGCCCCAUUCUCCCGCUUUCCAUCACCCCGCCCCAUUCUUCUCCUUCCAUCACCCCGCCUCAUUCUACCUACUUCCAUCACCCCGCCCCAUUCUCCCGCUUUCCAUCACCCCGCCCCAUUCUCCCGCUUUCCAUCACCCCGCCCCAUUCUCCCGCUUUCCAUAACCACGCCCCAUUUUCCCGCUUUCCAUCACCCCGCCGCAUUCUCCCUCUUUCCAUCACCCUGCCCCAUUCUCCCGCUUUCCAUAACCCCGCCCCAUUCUCCCGCUUUCCAUCACCCCGCCACAUUCUCCCACUUUCCAUCACCCCGCCCCAUUCUCCCUCCUUCCAUCACCCCGCCCCAUUCUCCCUCCUUUGAUCACCCCGCCCCAUUCUCCCGCUUUCCAUCAGCCCUCCCCAUUCUCCCGCUUUCCAUCACCCUGCCCCAUUCUCUCGCUUUUCAUCACCCCACUCCAUUCUCCCGCUUUCCAUCACCCCGCCCCCUUCUCCCUCUUUCCAUCACCCCGCCCCCUUCUCCCUCCUUCCAUCACCCCGCCCCCUUCUCCCUCCUUCCAUCACCCCGCCCCAUUCUCCCUCCUUCCAUCACCCCGCCCCAUUCUCCCGCUUUCCAUAACCACGCCCCAUUUUCCCGCUUUCCAUCACCCCGCCGCAUUCUCCCUCUUUCCAUCACCCUGCCCCAUUCUCCCGCUUUCCAUAACCCCGCCCCAUUCUCCCGCUUUCCAUCACCCCGCCACAUUCUCCCACUUUCCAUCACCCCGCCCCAUUCCCUCCCCAUUCUCCCGCUUUCCAUCACCCUGCCCCAUUCUCUCGCUUUUCAUCACCCCACUCCAUUCUCCCGCUUUCCAUCACCCCGCCCCCUUCUCCCUCCUUCCAUCACCCCGCCCCAUUCUCCCUCCUUCCAUCACCCCGCCCCAUUCUCCCACUUUCCAUCGGCCCGCCCCAUUCUCCCGCCUUCCAUCACCCCGCCCCAUUCUCCCGCUUUCCAUCACCCCGCCCCAUUCUCCCGCUUUCCAUCACCCUGCCCCAUUCUCCCGCUUUCCAUCAGCCCACCCCAUUCUCCCGCCUCUUUCCAUCACCCCGCCCCAUUCUCCCGCUUUCCAUCACCGUGCCCCAUUCUCCCGCUUUCCAUCACCCCGCCCCAUUCUCCCGCUUUCCAUCACAAGGCCUCAUUCUCCCGCUUUCCAUCACCCCGCCCCAUUCUCCCGCUUUCCAUCACCGCGCCCCAUUCUCCCGCUUUCCAUCACCGCGCCCUAUUCUCCCGCUUCCCAUCACCCCGCCCCGUUCUCCCACUUUCCAUCACCCCGCCCCAUUUUCCCGCUUUCCAUCACCGCGCCCCAUUCUCCUGCUUUCCAUCACCCCGCCCCAUUCUCCCUCUUUCCAUCACCCCGCCCCAUUCUCCCUCUUUCCAUCACCCCGCCCCAUUCUCCCGCGUUCCAUCACCUCGACCCAUUCUCCCACUUUCCAUCACCCCGCCCCAUUCUCCCUACUUCCAUCACCCCGCCUCAUUCUCCCUCCUUCCAUCAACCCGCCCCAUUCUCCCGCUUUCCAUCACCCCGCCCCAUUCUCCCGCUUGUCAUCACCCCGCACCAUUCUCCCGCUUUCCAACAUCCCGCCCCAUUCUCUUGCCUUCCAUCACCCCGCCCCAUUCUCCCGCUUUCCAUCACCCUGCCCCAUUCUCCCGCUUUCCAUCACCCCGCCCCGUUCUCCCGCUUUCCAUCACCCCUCCCCAUUCUCCCUCUUUCCAUCACCCCGCCCCAUUCUCCCGCUUUCCAUCACCCCGCCCCAUUCUCACGCUUUCCAUCACCCCGCCCCAAUCUCCCUCUUUCCAUCACCCCGCCCCAUUCUCCCACUUUCCAUCACCCCGCCCCAUUCUCCCUCUUUCCAUCACCCCGCCCAAUUCUCACGCUUUCCAUCACCCCGCCCCAAUCUCCCUCUUUCCAUCAACCCGCCCCAUUCUCCCACUUUCCAUCACCCCGCCCCAUUCUCCCUCUAUCCAUCACCCCGCCCCAUUCUCUCGCUUUCCAUCACCCCGCCUUAUUCUCCUGUUUUCCAUCACCGUGCCCCAUUCUCCCGAUUUCCAUCACCCCGCCCCAUUCUCCCGCUUUCCAUCACCCCGCCCCAUUCUUCCGAUCUCCAUCACCCCGCCCCAUUCUCCCGCUUUCCAUCACCCCGCCCCAUUCUCCCGCUUUCCAUCACCCAGCCCCAUUCUCACUCUUUCCAUCACCCCUCCCCAUUCUCCCUCUGCCCAUCACCCCGCCCCAUUCUCCUGCUUUCUAUCUCCCCGCCCCAUUCUCCCUCUUUCCAUCACCCCGCCCCAUUCUCCCGCCUUCCAUCACCCCGCCCCAUUCUCCAUCUUUCCAUCACCCUGCCCAAUUCUCCCCCUUUCCAUCACCCCGCCCCAUUCUGCCGCCAUCCAUCACCGUGCCCCAUUCUCCCUCUUUCCAUCACCCCGCCCCAUUCUCUCGCUUUCCAUCACCCCGCCCCAUUUUCCCGAUUUCCAUCACCCCGCCCUAUUCUCCCGCUUUCCAUCACCCCGCCCCAUUCUCCCGCUUUCCAUCACCCCGCCCCAUUCUCCCGCUUUCCAUCACCCCGCCCCAUUCUCCCGCUUUCCAUCACCCCGCCCCAUUCUCCCGCUUUCCAUCACCCAGCCCCAUUCUCCCGCUUUCCAUCACCCCGCCCCAUUCUCCCUCUUUAUAUCACCCCGCCCCAUUCUCCCGCUUUCCAUCACCCUGCCCCAUUUUCACUCUUUCCAUCACCCCGCUCCAUUCUCCCGCUUUCCAUCACCCCGCCCAAUUCUCCCUCUUUCCAUCACCCCUCCCCAUUCUCCCUCUAUCCAUCACUACGCCCCAUUCUCCCGCUUUCCAUCACCUCGACCCAUUCUCCCACUUUCCAUCACCCCGCCCCAUUCUCCCUCCUUCCAUCACCCCGCCUCAUUCUCCCUCCUUCCAUCACCCCGCCCCAUUCUCCCGUUUUCCAUCACCCCGCCCCAUUCUCCCGCUUUUCAUCACCCCGCCCCAUUCUCCCGCUUUCCAACACCCCGCCCCAUUCUCUCGCCUUCCAUCACCCCGCCCCAUUCUCCCGCUUUCCAUCACCCUGCCCCAUUCUCCCGCUUUCCAUCACCCCGCCCCCUUCUCCCUCCUUCCAUCACCCUGCCCCAUUCUCCCGCUUUCCAUCACCCCGCCCCAUUCUCCCGCUUUCCAUCACCCCGCCCCAUUCUCCCUCUUUCUAUCACCCCGCCCCAUUCUCCCGCUUUCCAUCACCCUGCCCCAUUUUCACUCUUUCCAUCACCCCGCUCCAUUCUCCCGCUUUCCAUCACCCCGCCCAAUUCUCCCUCUUUCCAUCACCCCUCCCCAUUCUCCCUCUAUCCAUCACCCCGCCCCAUUCUCUCGCUUUCCAUCACCCCGCCUUAUUCUCCUGUUUUCCAUCACCGUGCCCCAUUCUCCCGAUUUCCAUCACCCCGCCCCAUUCUCCCGCUUUCCAUCACCCCGCCCCAUUCUUCCGAUCUCCAUCACCCCGCCCCAUUCUCCCGCUUUCCAUCACCCCGCCCCAUUCUCCCGCUUUCCAUCACCCUGCCCCAUUCUCACUCUUUCCAUCACCCCUCCCCAUUCUCCCUCUGCCCAUCACCCCGCCCCAUUCUCUUGCUUUCUAUCUCCCCGCCCCAUUCUCCCUCUUUCCAUCACCCCGCCCCAUUCUCCCGCCUUCCAUCACCCCGCCCCAUUCUCCAUCUUUCCAUCACCCUGCCCAAUUCUCCCCCUUUCCAUCACCCCGCCCCAUUCUGCCGCCAUCCAUCACCGUGCCCCAUUCUCCCUCUUUCCAUCACCCCGCCUUAUUCUCUCGCUUUCCAUCACCCCGCCCCAUUUUCCCGAUUUCCAUCACCCCGCCCUAUUCUCCCGCUUUCCAUCACCCCGCCCCAUUCUCCCGCUUUCCAUCACCCCGCCCCAUUCUCCCGCUUUCCAUCACCCCGCCCCAUUCUCCCGCUUUCCAUCACCCCGCCCCAUUCUCCCGCUUUCCAUCACCCCGCCCCGUUCUCCCGCUUUCCAUCACCCCGCCCCAUUCUCCCUCUUUCUACCACCCCGCCCCAUUCUCCCGCUUUCCAUCACCCUGCCCCAUUUUCACUCUUUCCAUCACCCCGCUCCAUUCUCCCGCUUUCCAUCACCCCGCCCAAUUCUCCCUCUUUCCAUCACCCCUCCCCAUUCUCCCUCUUUCCAUCACCCCGCCCCAUUCUCUCGCUUUCCAUCACCCCGCCCCAUUCUCCCUCUUUCCAUCACCCGGCCCCAUUCUCCCUCUUUCCAUCACCCCGCCCCAUUCUCCCGCUUUCCAUCACCCCGCUCCAUUCUCCCGCUUUCAAUCACCCCGCUCGCUCCAUUCUCCCGCUUUCCAAGACCCUGCCCCAUUCUCACUCUUUCCAUCACCCCUCCCCAUUCUCCCUCUUUCCAUCUCCCCGCACCAUUCUCCUGCUUUCUAUAACCCCGCCCCAUUCUCCCUCUUUCCAUCACCCCGCCCCAUUCUCCCGCCUUCCAUCACCCUGCCCCAUUCUCCAUCUUUCCAUCACCCUGCCCCAUUCUCCCCCUUUCCAUCACCCCGCCCCAUUCUCCCGCCUUCCAUCACCCCGCCCCAUUCUCCCUCUUUCCAUCACCCCGCCCCAUUCUCGCGCUUUCCAUCACCGCGCCCCAUUUUCUCGAUUUCCAUCACCCCGCCCCAUUCUCCCGCUUUCCAUCACCCCGCCCCAUUCUCCCGCUUUCUAUCACCCCGCCCCAUUCUCCCGCUUUCCAUCACCCCGCCCAAUUCUCCCUCUUUCCAUCACCCCUCCCCAUUCUCCCUCUUUCCAUCACCCCGCCCCAUUCUCCCGCUUUCCGUCUUCCCGCCCAAUUUUCCCGAUUUCCAUUACCCCGCCCCAUUCUCCCACUUUCCAUCACCCCGCCCCAUUCUCCCGCUUUCCAUCACCUCGCCCCAUUCUCCCGCUUUCCAUCACCCAGCCCCAUUCUCCCUCUUUCCAUCACCCCGCCCCAUUCUCCUGCAUUCCAUCACCCUGCCCCAUUUUCCCUCCUUCGAUCACCCCGCUCCAUUCUCCCGCUUUCCAUCACCCCCCCCAAUUCUCCCACUUUCCAUCACCCCUCCCCAUUCUCCCUCUUUCCAUCACCCCGCCCCAUUCUCCCGCUUUCCAUCACCCCGCCCGCUUUCCAUCACCCCGCUCCAUUCUCCCGAUUUCCAUCACCCCGCCCAAUUCUCCCUCUUUCCAUCACCCCUCCCCAUUCUCCCUCUUUCCAUCAAGCCGCCCCAUUCUCCCGCUUUCCAUCACCCCGGCCCAUUCUCCCUCUUUCCAUCACCCCGCCCCAUUCUCUCGCUUUCCAUCAUCCCGCCCCAUUCUCCCUCUUUCCAUCACCCCGUCCCAUUCUCCCGCUUUCCCAUCACCCGCCCCAUUCUUCCGCUUUCCAUCACCCCGCCCCAUUCUCCCUCUUUCCAUCACCCUGCCCCAUUCUCCCGCCAUCCAUCACCCUGCCCCAUUCUCCCGCUUUCCAUCACCCCGCCCCAUUCUCCCGCUUUCCAUCACCCCACCCCAUUCUCCCGAUUUGCAUCACCCCGCCCCAUUCUCCCGCCUUCCAUCACCCCGCCCCAUUCUCCCUCUUUCCAUCACCCCGCCCCAUUCUCCCGCUUUCCAUCACCCCGCCCUAUUCUCCCGCUUUCCAUCACCCCGCCCCAUUCUCCCGCUUCCCAUCACACCACCCCAUUCUCCCGCUUUCCAUCACCUCGCCCUACUUUCUCUCUUUCCAUAA